UGAUUUCUUUCUUGUCUGUUGUCUCCCGGUCCACCUUUUCACCGCCCGGGCCUUGCUCUCCUUCGACUUGCCUUCCCUUUCCUUGCACACACCACCAGACGAAAUCACCCAAGUCGCGUGCUUCCAUUCCCAGCCCAACCGAAGCGAAGCACGCCACCGGCCUCGAAGGGAUCAGCUUCUCUAGCACUCAUCCUCGUGGCCUUGUUCCUCCUCUUCUAUAAGGGACUGCGUCGGAGUGGAGAUCCGUGCCGACAUAGUCCGACUUUAUCGCUCGCUGCCUACGAUUGAUGGCCUCACCUUCACCAACCGAGUUCAGUAGGGAAGCAGCUCGUCAGUCUCUCAUCGCAAUCUCCCAGACCAUUCCGGAGACACCUUCACCCGAGACUGUGAAGGCACCGAUCUCCAUUGCAGAAAACGGGAAGCUGGGCGAUGGGGCGGAUAAGUUCAGAUCAAAGCUGAUGUCCAUCACAGACCUGUCUUCUGAUGCCCAACCUGCGCAGUGCCCUCCCGAGGAUAUUGCUGCUUGAUCGUGUGAUUUUCCUGCUCGACUUGCGGACAUAAUGUAUCAGUGCUUGCUGAUGCUCUGGGCAUUUAACUGUCGUGCAUUAAACUGAACGUCCUUGUGUUACUAGUCGUUUUUCUUUGUUAAAAUAUUCAGGGAAACCGGUGGAAAUAUAUUGUGCAAGUUUCCUUACCGUUGAUAAGGAACUAAUUAGGGGGUGUUUGGUUUCUA